AAGCACCUAAGUAAAAACUUUAAAAAUAACCAAGAUGUUACGCAGGCCACUACUGCAGGUGAUGCGUCAGUUUGUGAGACAUGAGUCUGAAUCAACGUCAACAACACCGUUAGUACUGGAAAGAUCACUGAACCGAAUCCAGCUACUUGGCCGUGUCAGACAGGAUCCUGUCAUGAGACAAGCAGAAGGGAAGAAUCCUGUCACAAUUUUCAGCCUUGCAACCAAUGAGAUUUGGCGAUCAGGGGAAAGUGAGGUCUUCCAAGGAGGUGACAUCUCACAGAAGACAACGUGGCACCGAAUCUCUGUGUUCAGGCCAGGGGUGAGAGAUGUAGCUUAUAAGUAUGUGAAGAAGGGUGCGCAGAUCUUUGUGGAAGGGAAGAUAGACUAUGGUGAAUACAUGUUUAAGAACAAUGUCAGGCGGCAGGCCACAACAAUUAUUGCAGAUAACAUUAUUUUCCUGAGUGACCUUCUUAAAGAAAAAUAAUGAAGUGGUCAGUUUUUGGACU